GGCUGGGAUUCGGGAGAGGCAGAAUAAACGCGCCUUUCACACCCGGCAUCCCCGGCAGUCCCGUGGCUCCCAGCCUCCGUCGCUUCUUGCCCUGCUUGCAGAAGGCAAGACAUGCUGAAAUAAAGAGAAACUUGUUCUGUGGCUGGAAAGGUCAUUUCUUCCGGCCAGGCACUUUGGGAAGGAGACGGGAAGCAUAUUAUUUUAAAGGUGGGUCUCCGUGCCGUCGCCAUGCCGCCGCCGUGUCCCCGCGGGGCCCUGCCCGGCGCCGCCUUCCUCCUCCUCCUCCUCCUCCUCCUCCUCCCGCUGCUCUGCGCGGCCCCCGAUGUCUCAAGGGGAAAUAAGCUUAAACUCAUGCUUCAGAAACGAGAAGCCCCUGUUGCCACGAAGCCUGAGGUGUCGGUGAGAGAAGCGGCGGCCAAGGAGUUCCUAAGCAGCCUGAGACGGCAGAGGCGCCAGCUGUGGGACCGAAGCCAGCCCGACGUGCAGCAGUGGUACCAGCAGUUCCUCUACCUGGGAUUCGAUGAGGCGAAAUUUGAAGACGACAUGUCCUACUGGACAAACUUAGGGCGUGCUCGAAAUGAAUACUAUGGUGGAUACUACCAACACCACUACGAUGAAGAUGCACCAAUCGGCCCACGAAACCCACACACCUUCAGGCAUGGGGCAAGUGUCAACUACGACGAUUACUAAUGCCAUGUGUCCUACUGGAGCUGAUGCCUAUAGGGAUGCACCGGCUGAGGCAGAGUCCUCCCCAGUCAGAAUGACCCCGCUUUCCUCCUAUUCAUGUAUAACAGGAAGAGUAAAGUAACUGCCAGACUUCAAAGAAAGCAACGUGACUUUUUUUUUUUUAGCUAUCAUUACUUAGUAGUACAUUACAUAUAAAGUGUUAUAGAAAUAAAGCUUUUUUGAUAAAAUAAA